GACAUCAGAUGUGCAGUAAUACAGUUCGUAUGUGUAUGGCGCUGAACCUUACGCCGCCUCGGAAACAUGCGUUAGAAAGGAUAUCCUGGAGGUAUCACGGUGGUAGACACACCGUGUCCUUCAUAAUCAAUACUGAAAGGAAGCACAUAGAUACCUAAUUUUCGUUUUUGUCCGUCAUAAUGGAAAACUUUUCUGCAACUAACAUAACGGAAGAGGUUCUCGCCUGGAACAAAGAACUGGCUGUGUCAUUGAUCCUCUCCGAUGUAUUCCUUUGCCUCUAUGUUGUUUUUGGUGUUUUCGGGAAUGUCUUGAUAAUCUACAUUUACAAAGUAUGUCUCAGCAUAAAGACUGAUGAUCGUAUAUUUAUUCUUGCACUAGCGGCUGUAGACAUCGUGGUCUGUGUUACAGGACCUGCGUUCUCACUCACGCGAAACAUUCUCCCUGUGGCAUUUUACGGAGAUAUAACAUGCAAGAUAUUAUGGUUUAUCACCAAAGCCAUGAACGCGGUAUCAGUGGAACUGGUUCUUGUCAUAGGUGUGGACAGAUAUCUGAAGAUAUGCCGACCAUUUGGAGUUCAGAUGAAUAGCAGAGCCAAACUGGUUAUCCUGGCUUUAUCGAUAAUUAUCUGUUUCAUUGGACAUGCUCCAAUUUUUCUGUUUUACGGACAGAUAACUGUCAUCAACAUUCCACGCAACAUCUCUGGAAGCAGAUGUGGCCGAAUUCACGAUGAAGAAAACUCUGUCAGCGAAAUCGGUUAUCUUUACUUAUUGAUCAUAUUUGUGCUUGCUGUGGCAACUCUUUGUUUGAUAGUUUUACUCUACAUCAGGAUCGGACGACGAAUCUAUAAAAGAAUAAAACGAAACCGCAAUCGGUCUAUCACUAGCAGCAAGACAGAACCAGAUCCAGCCUCUGAAGCAAUAUCAACAACGGAGAACGAAACCUGUAGCUCAAAGGAAGUCAAAAUUGUGCAUGCAUCUAACAUUCAAUCAAACAUUAAUGCACAAUCGUCUGGAAAGCCACGACGCCGUAGGUCGUCUUCUGUAUCUGUUAAAAACUGGCGGGAAAAGCAUCGUUAUUCUCUUAUGUUUUUGGUGAUAGCUGGUACCUGUGUCGUCACUUACAUACCAACUCUAAUUGUGAAUCUAGCCAUCAACCUUGACUCAACCGAGUUCUGGAACUACACCUCGUCCAGUCUACGACAGCUGUACGUGUAUUUGUUUCAGGUGUAUCUUGUUAACCACGUUGUAAAUCCGUUUAUCUACGGGUAUUUUGACAGUGCUUUCAGAACAGAAAUGAGGAAGAUAUUAUGCAGACACAAAUGACUUUUGAUUUACAAUAAUCGGCAAGCAUUUCUUUAGUUGAUACCUAAGGCAACGUUCUUCCUGACCAUGUUUGUCUUUACUAAAAAACCGAUGGUUCUUAAGCAACUUUAACAUACCUGUUGAAUGACAUAUGUAAGUAGUAUGAUAUAUGUACUUAUGAGUUUAAGUUUAUCAUUAUUAUUGUAAAAAUGAAGCAAACUUAUUGUAAAAAUGAGGCAGAAUUAGCAUAAUUUUUAUUGCUGUUUGUUCAUGGUACAUUUGUUCUGUUGUCUUAUGUGAUAUAAGAUAUAAGCUAAAUAUGCGUUAAAAAGAGAUCGUUAUAAUAUUUGUCAAAAUAAUUAC